ACUCACAUAUGUACAAUAUCGAUAUAGUUUCAUUGUUCCUCGGAGAAACAAAGAUUAUUCACUUCUAUUUCGUUAACAAUGGCAAACAAGGCCUUCGGCUGGGCUGCUACAGAUACUUCUGGCGUUCUCUCUCCUUUCAGUUUUUCCAGAAGAGAAACAAAUGAUAAGGAUGUGGCAUUCAAAGUGUUGUAUUGUGGGAUAUGUCACACAGAUCUCCAUAUGGCAAAGAAUGAAUGGGGCAUGACCUCCUAUCCACUUGUUCCUGGGCAUGAGAUUGUUGGUGUUGUGACAAAAGUGGGAAGCAAAGUAGAAAAGUUCAAAGUUGGAGACAAAGUGGGUGUUGGCUUUGUGGUUGAUUCAUGCCGAGCUUGUGAAAACUGCGAGAAAAAUCUUGAGAAUUACUGCCCUAAAUACACACCCACCAGUGGACCAACCACACCCGGUGGCUACUCCGACUCAAUGGUUGCAGAUGAGCGCUUUGUGGUUCGCAUUCCUGAUGAGUUACCUCUUGAUUCUGCUGCACCUCUCCUUUGUGCUGGUAUCACUGUCUAUAGUCCUCUUAGAUAUUAUGGACUAGACAAACCUGGGCAGAAAAUAGGUGUUGUUGGACUUGGUGGACUCGGUCACAUGGCUGUGAAAUUCGCUAAAGCUUUUGGUGCUAAUGUAACUGUAAUUAGUACAUCUCCAAACAAGGAAAAGGAAGCAUUAGAACGCUUGGGAGCUGACUCAUUUCUGAUAAGCCGCGACCCCGAAAAUUUGCAGGCUGCAACAGGUACUUUAGAUGGUAUCAUUGAUACAGUUUCCGCGAAUCAUCCUGUCGUACCUUUGAUUGGAUUACUGAAGUCUCAUGGAAAACUCGUAAUGGUUGGUGCACCGGAUAAGCCUUUGGAAAUCCCUGUCUUUCCUUUACUUUUGGGGAGAAAGUUGGUUGGUGGAAGUGCGAUUGGAGGGUUGAAGGAGACUCAAGAGAUGGUUGAUUUUGCUGCUAAACAUAAUGUGAAACCUGAAGUUGAAAUUGUUCCUGUGGAUUACGUUAACACCGCAUUUGAGCGACUCCUCAAAGCAGAUGUCAAGUAUCGAUUUGUGAUUGACAUUGGAAACACUUUGAAACCAAGUUCUUAAAUUUUGCAAGUGCUUAAAAUUAGGACAGUUUCUAAAUCACUGUCACAAAUAAUGUUUUGUUUUAUGCAAUUUUACCUUUUGUUUUUUUGUUUGGGUAUACAAAGCUUUUAGACUAUGAAGAUCGAGCGUCUGUAGGCUCAAAUGAUAAUGAUUUAAACUUUGCACGAUUCACAUUUAUGAGAAUGAAUAAUAUGUUUAUGC